UAAAAUCUCAACCCUACCUCCUCAUACUUAAUUUGCUAUAAAUACACCCUUACUUUGCAUCCACAUCAAGUCCAAGUCCAAGUCCUCCCUCUUUAUCUCUCUCUCUCUCUCUCUCUCUCUCUCUCUCUCUCUUCUUUAAUACAAGCACAUAAAGUCAAUAAUACUUUGUGAGUCUCCCAACCAUAAGAGCCAAACCAAGCAGCAGAAGCUGAAGCAGAAGCAGGAAGAGCAGGCACCAUGGCCAGGUCCACUAGUUCUCUCCUUGCUCUCUUCUCCCUCCUCUUUCUCUUCCUCUCCCCCUCCCUCGCCACCGAUCCCGACCUGCUCCAAGACAUCUGCGCCGCCAAUUUCGCCUCCCCCGUGAAGGUGAAUGGAUUCGCGUGCAAGGCGGACGCGACGGCAGACGACUUCUCCUUCAAGGGGCUGGCGACGCCGGGCGCCACCAACAACACCUACGGCUCUCUGGUAACCGCCGCCAAUGUCGAGAAGAUCCCGGGCCUCAACACAUUGGGCGUGUCCAUGGCGCGCAUCGACUACGCUCCGGGGGGGAUCAACCCUCCCCACACGCACCCGCGCGCCACCGAGAUCGUGUUCGUCCUCGAAGGCGAGCUCGACGUCGGAUUCAUCACCACCGCCAACAAGCUCACCGCUAAGACCAUCUGCGCGGGGGAGGUGUUCGUGUUCCCGCGGGGCCUCGUCCACUUCCAGAAGAACAACGGCGGCAAGCCGGCUGCGGUGAUCGCGGCAUUCAACAGCCAGCUGCCGGGGACGCAGUCCAUCGCACUCACGCUCUUCGCGGCCACGCCGCCCGUGCCGGACAACGUGCUCACCAAGGCCUUCCAGAUCAGCACCAAGGAGGCCGAGAAGAUCAAAUCCCGCCUUGCGCCAAAAAAAUAAACAAAUAAACAAGCAUGAUACAGUGCAUGCAUUGGGAAACUGAUUUGUUUGUGUUUGCUUCUUAUGAUCACUUGUACCACAUUGUAUUUUUCUUUUCCGUGGGCAUUUUGUUUUUGUUAUGUUUGAUUUGAUUGGUGUAUUUGUUUUUUGUUAUGUUUGAUUGGUAAUAAUUAUGUUUCUGUAACUCCCAACAACAGUGUAAUGAUUUUUCUCCUUU